AUGUCUUCUGAUUUAUCCGAAGCUGAUAUAACCGCGCUCGUGUACGAAGAUGAAACCUACCCUGAACAAGUGUGGUAUACUAUCGCUGCGUUUCUCUUCGUAGUCGGCUGCUUCCAGUGGGGGUCACUCGUUCACUCCAAAUUCGCCAGGCGCAGACGCUACGAGUCCGACGAGGAAACGGCCACCACCGAUGGCAUUCAAUACAAAUUUUCUCUCCGUCGCAUCCCACUUGCAAUCAUAAAUUUCUAUCGCGUUUUUGUGACUGUGGCAUAUAUCGCCCUUUUGUUGAUCUACGCCUUCAUCAAUACAACGUCAGUCGAGGGUCAGAAGCUUGAUAUCAUCUACUGGAGCAACCGCAUAGCGAUGCUGGCGUCCAGUCAGUUUCCCAUUAUCACGGCCCUUGGCACAAAGAACAAUAUCGUGUCUUUGGUCACAGGCAUCAGCUACGAUAGGCUCAAUUAUAUUCAUCGAAUGAUGGCUAGGACAUGCUUCAUGCUCCUUUGGGUACAUGCGGCGGGUGAAGUUGUAUGUUUUCCCUACUUCCGGGAGACUUUGAACGAGGACUGGCUCCGCGUCGGUAUCGUCGCCAUGGUUGCCUUCUCUAUUCUGAUCAUAGUAUCACUGCGUCCCGUUCGCAGUGAAGUGUACGAGGUUUUCUUUUACGUUCAUUUCCUUGGCGUCCUGAUAUUUCUUGUGGGAGGAUAUUACCACACCAAGGGUGCUCACGGGUCGUACUGGAUAUGGCCCUCGUUUGUCUUCUGGGCUUUCGAUCGCUUCGUCCGGGUGGUUAGACUUGUUGUAUUCAAUCACUCUUAUUUUGGCUUCAAGUCAGGAGCUGGGACAAUGGAUGCAACGACGGAAUUGCUUUCCGAAAAUAUCGUUCGAUUGCGCCUACGUCGACCCCCGCAUUUCCACUGGUCCCCAGGACAAACGGCAUAUCUAAUCAUGCCCUCAGUUUCGACACUGCCAUUCGAAGCGCACCCUUUUACUAUUGUGAGUUUCGAUUCUAGUCUCCUGUCAACCGCAAGACCAGAGGAUCAAUCGGGAAGCGGUGAAAACAACGGAACUCAGGUUCUGGGAUCGAGCGCUCCGUUCUGGAAGGAGCUAGUGUUUUUGGUCAAUGUGCACGGAGGGUUUACGAAAAAGCUAAAGGAGGUAGCCGGAACGAAGGGCAAAGUUAAGGUUUUUGUGGAUGGUCCUUAUGGUCCGUCUUCUGACCUCGGUUCUUACGACACAUCGAUAUUUGUGGCAGGAGGAUCUGGUAUAUCGUGCGUGCGCAAAGGGAAAAGCUCCUGCAAACGGGUAGUGUUCAUUUGGUCCAUACGCGGGGCUGGGUGUGUUCAAUGGAUUGAAGAAGCACUGAUCAAGGCUGUUCAGCUUGCUCCGCCUUCUUUGACAGUGUCCAUCCGUAUCUUUGACACUGGUUCUCCAUCAACGUCACACCUUUCAAAUCCAACAGAGAAGAACGGCACUCCCGAACAAGUUCUGACAAGGAAGGUAUCUGUAUCGUCGUCAAUGCUAUUUUCAUUACAUGGGGUCAAAAUGGAGAGUGGACGAGCAGACCUGGAUGCCCUGCUCAAAGAAGAGGUCAGCAUGGCAUCGGGAAGUAUGUCGGUGAGCGUUUGCGGAUCGCAGGGUAUAGCACGUGCAGUCCGUCAUGCACUUCGUUUCCCUGUCUCGGGACCUUCCAGUAUUCUCAGUGGAGGACCGAGCGUAACCUUAUAUGUCGAAUCUUUCGGAUACGCCUGA